AUGAAUCUCGUGUAUCUGCUGAUUCUAGCUCUGACAGAAAGUGUCCUGACACAAACCUGUGCACCUGGAUACAUGCAGAUGAAAAGAAAGUGUGUAGAUGUUGAUGAGUGUGAUUUUGAGAAUCCAGUUUGUGGAGAUGAUGCAGAUUGCUUUAACACUGAAGGCAGCUACUACUGUCAUUGUCAUAAAGGCUUCAAGCCAUCUGGCAACUUUACAGCAAAUGAUUCUAUAAAAUGUCAAGACAUCAAUGAAUGUUUGGAGAACAGCAUCGAUUGUGGUCCUAACGCGCAGUGUCUAAAUGUUGAUGGAAGUUAUGCAUGUGUGUGUAAUAUGGGCUACGAUCCCAGCAAUGGAACAGACACGUUUACUGUUGGACAAAGGAUUUAA